CUAGUCUAAAAUAAAAUUCAUAAAGCCCUACUCUUGGUUUCGCCUUCAGUCGCUUAACCGCUUUCCACCGUCCUUCAUCCUAAACCUUCCUCCUUCAAAACCCUUACACCCAGCCGCAGCCGCAGCCGCAGCUGUCACUCGCCAGGCCCAGACUCCCUGGAGGCAACUCCACCUGCCGUCCGGCGUCAACCCAAUCUGCCGCAAGCCGCAGGCCGCAGGCCGCAGCCAGCCCCAGCCACCAAACCAUAAUGAAGGUUAAAGUGAUUUCACGUUCUACAGACGAAUUUACUCGUGAACGAAGUCAAGAUUUACAGAGGGUAUUUCGCAAUUAUGAUCCGAGUCUUAGAUCUCAGGAGAAGGCUGUAGAGUAUGUACGAGCUGUUAAUGCGGCUAAAUUAGAUAAGAUUUUUGCAAGACCAUUUAUUGGGGCAAUGGAUGGGCAUAUUGAUGCUGUUUCGUGUAUGGCCAAGAAUCCCAACUAUUUAAAAGGCAUAUUUUCUGGUUCCAUGGAUGGAGAUAUACGUCUUUGGGAUUUAGCAUCGAGGCGAACUGUUUCACGUUUUCUUGGUCACCAAGGUGCUGUAAAGGGCUUGGCAGUAUCAACGGAUGGAUGUGUUCUUGUUUCAUGUGGACUCGAUUGCACUGUCAGGCUGUGGAAUGUUCCAGCUUCUACCGUUGUGGAGUCGGAUGCAUCAUCUUAUGGGUCUAUAACGCCUUUUGCAGUUUACACUGGACAAAAUGCAUUCAAAGCUGUUGAUCACCAGUGGGGUGGGAAUCUUUUUGCUACUGCUGGUGCACGAUUAGAUGUAUGGGAUCAUAACAGGUCGCAGCCGGUGAACAGCUUUGAGUGGGGAGUUGACACUGUUGUAUCUGUUCGUUUCAACCCUGGAGAACCAAGUCUUUUGGUAACGUCAGGCAGUGAUCGAAGCAUCGCAAUCUAUGAUCUUCGUUUGUCUACUCCAGCAAGGAAGAUUGUCAUGCAGACCAAAACUAAUUCUAUUUGUUGGAAUCCUAUGGAACCAUUGAACUUCACUGCGGCAAAUGAGGACUGCAACUGCUAUAGUUAUGAUGCUAGAAAGUUGACUGAAGCUAAGUGUGUUCAUCAAGAUCACGUCUCUGCAGUGAUGGACAUUGAUUACUCUCCCACAGGGCGAGAAUUUGUCACAGGAUCUUAUGAUAGAACAGUAAGAAUAUUCCCCUAUAAUGGUGGCCACAGUAGGGAAAUUUAUCAUACAAAGAGGAUGCAAAGAGUAUUUUGCGUAAAGUUCACUUGUGAUGCAUCAUAUAUUGUAUCUGGAAGCGAUGACACGAACUUGCGACUAUGGAAAGCAAAAGCAUCUGAUCAAUUAGGAGUUCUUCAUCCAAGGGAGCAAAAGAAGCAUGAUUAUAAUGACGCUUUGAAGAAACGUUACAAGUACCUUCCAGAAGUAAAACGUAUAUUGAGGCACAGACACUUGCCUCGCCUAGUGUACAAGGCAAAGAAUUUGAGACGUACGAUGACAGAAGCUGAGAAGAGGAAGGAGGACAGAAGAAGAGCUCACAGCGGCCCGUCCAGUGUGCAAAAGGAGCCUCUGCGAAAGAGGAGAGUCAUUAAAGAGAUUGAGUGAACCGCUUCAGCUUCAACUUGCUAAUUUUGGAUCUAGCGCCUGCAAAGCUCAGUGACAAGAGAUCGAGGAGUCUUCAAUUUCGCAGGAGUAUAAUAGAAACAUGAUAAUUUGGAUUCGGAAGCUGUAGCUUUCUGAGUUUCUGUAAACUAAGCUUUGUAUUUAACUGUUGGCGCAAUUUUGACUAAACCUGAUCAUUUUCUGUUAAGGAGCUUGUAAUUUGUUUUGUUCAUUUGUACUUCAUCAAGCUCAUUCAUUUGGAUUUAUAACUGUA